AUGGCUGAAAAUCUCCACAGCUAUUCCCAGCCAGAUUACAUGCAAGGUGCAGACUGCGGGAACAGGAAGCACUUAGCGGGUGCAGUUGUCUACUCACAUGUGCGCUCGGACAAGCAGCACGAACAUUAUACUCAUGGCAUCGAGUGUCAGCUAACAUUCCAAACGGAAAACACGGGCUGGCGUCUCAUGCUCCGUGUCCUUGACAUUGAUAUACCCGACAUGAGUCGCCGGGGCAUCUGCAAUGACGCGCUCUACGUUUAUGAUGAUGAGACAAUAUUUACACGUGCAAUGAAAGAAGCAGGUGGUAAUGGUGGGUUGUGUGGGAACAAUCUGCCUCCAGCUAUUAACUCCACAGGGGAAUACCUCACAGUUCAUUUUAGAACAGACGGCAAAGGUCCCCUGGGCAAAGGAUUUAAGUUUAUAGUUACAGCAUUCAAUGAAGAUUUUAAAAAAUUCAACUCUUGUGGGGCGAAUUUUCAAUGUGAUAAUGGUCUGUGUAUAGAGAAGGACCUGGUGUGUGAUCGGGUGGAUCAUUGUGGAGAUUUGUCAGACGAGUCCAUCGAUGGGAAAGCUGCCUGUGAAAGAGUUCCUUUAGAAGAAGAUGGUCAACAAGGCAUAAUAAACAAAUUUUUAUCUCUGGGCGUGACAGCAUCAGUGGCCAUUACAGUGGGGAGUGUCGUUGUGGUGAUUGUUGUCGUUGUUGCAGUUGUAUGCUGCUGUCGGCGCUCAUCGUGUCGUAAAGCCCGCGACACUCACACCGGGGUGACGACAACGCCAACUACCGUCGUCUCCAACGGAAACAGUGUACCUUACCAACCUCCACCCAGUGGUGUGGCGGGAUUUCCCCCAUCCUUCAGUCACCAUGGCUACUAUCCCAUGCAGCCGGUGUUUCCAGCCAAUCAGGGGCCAGUGUAUCUGCCGUUUUCGCAGCGCGAGUCGUAUUCCCACCCAAGCGCAUAUUCAUCUCAACCGCCCUCCUAUCACAGAUCGUAUACCCCCACGAGUAGCAAGUCGGGGAAGUCCAAUCGCUCCAACACGAGCGUGACGUAUAGUCAGAGCACAGACAAAGUCAUACUUCCUGUCAAUCUCUAG